AUGACACGAGACGGAGAUAAUAGCGAACUUAACCAGAUCAAAUCUAAGAUACAAGAGCACCUAGUCUCCUCGGGGAACUACGAACUUAUAAGUAAGCAACUAAAGCUUCAGCUUAUUGAAAGUGGUUGGUAUGAUAAAGUUGCACAAAUUGCAAUGGAUGAACUCAAUAAUUCCUCGAGCAAGGAUACCAAAGAUGGAGGUAGAGCAUAUACGACAAAGAGCUUAAGCGACUUGUACACAGUUGUAAAACCCAAGGCCGAGGGUUUAGUACCAAAUGAAGUGCGGGAGAAUAUGUUGAAACGAAUCGAGCUGUAUCUUGAUGACCUUAUAGAGUAG